AUGUUUCUUGUUGGCUUAACCGGCGGAAUUGCAUGUGGGAAGAGCACGGUGAGUAAGAUAUUUCGAGAUAAUGGUGUUUAUGUUGUGGAUGCAGAUCAAAUAGCUCGUCAAGGUAAGGCAAUCAAUCAGGUUUUGAUGUUUUUAGUUGUGGAACCAGGAAAGCCGGCCUAUAAAAGACUGAGAGAAGUGUUUGGGCCAGAAUACUUUCACGAUGACACUGAUGGAAGCCUGAAUCGUGAGAAAAUGGGCGAUUUAGUGUUCCAUGACGUCGAAGUAGGUGUUAAAGAAUGCAGCUUUUAUGCUGAACGUAAAAAUAUUUAAGUUUGACUAACUAAACUCUAAUUUUUAGACAGGUAUUUCACUGUUUUAGAUAUAAAUUGGUUAAGUAGUCGUACAUUUGUUGAUUUUUUAGGAACGAAGGAAGCUAAACAGUAUAACACAUAGUGCCAUACGGAAAGAAAUGUUAUGGGUUGUGUUGGGUCAGUUUGUGCGUGGAAAUCGUUAUGUUGUUCUUGAUAUUCCGCUGCUUUUCGAAGGUGGAUUGAACCGAGUUGUGCAAAAGAUAGUCGUUGUUUCGUGGUAAGACUUGCUAAAAUGUUAAACAAUAUAUGAUUUAAAGUAAUCAUGUUUAAUAGGUUUCUUUGUUAUUUUUACAAAGUAACGAAACCUUGUUGGUAAUGAUUAACAUAAAUAGUUUUAGAUAGAUAACUAAUUAUAAAGUAAUUGAUAUUGGUUGUAAAUAUGCUUUUAGUGACCCAGAGACUCAGCUGUCUAGACUUUGUAAAAGAGAUGGGUUGAGCGAAGAACAAGCAGAAGCUAGGAUAAGAUCACAGUUACCGAACGAAUACAAAGUAAAGAGGGCGACAUAUGUCAUUGAUAAUCAGGGUAAACAUAGUUAACUUAAUUUUGAGUACAAACUUUAAAAGCACAUAAAUUAUCUAUUGUUUAUGAUAGUUAAUAUGACAUUUAUAAUGAGAUAGACGUUUAAUCUAUUUUUUUUAUUUAUAAAGUUAUUUUUCGAAUUUUAAAAUUUAAUUUUAAAUUCAAAAACCGUACUGUUUUGACGGUUUUCCUGCAAACCCUGCAUAGUUAAUGUUGUUUGGCUUUGCAGGUACAAUGGAAGAGACCAAAGCUCGGGUUCAGCAGAUAAUUGCCCACCUGGAGGCUAGCUGGAUUCCGUUCGUGUUGCGGACCGGGUUUCUGAUGUGCUUCGCCUUGGCAGGGUAUUGCAUCUACGGCUUCCUGAGAUGA